UCCACGGGGGACCUCACAAGGAGAUUCCACGGGGGACCUCACAAGGAGAUUCCACGGGGGACCUCACAAGGAGAUUCCACAGGGGACCUCACAAGGAGAUUCCACAGGGGACCUCACAAGGAGAUUCCACAGGGGACCUCACAAGGAGAUUCCACAGGGGACCUCACAAGGAGCUUCCACAGGGGACCUCACAAGGAGAUUCCACUGCUCUGGUGACAGGAAGAUGAUCUGGUGUUAUGACAACUCCAGAUAUGAGUUCUCUAUUUUUUACUUAACCAACAAUGCAUUUUUAAGAACAAUUAGUGUCAAGGGCUUAAGUAAGCAUUUCACUGUAAGGUCUACAUGUUGUAUUCAGCAUUUCACUGUAAGGUCUACUGGUCUACAUGUUGUAUUCAGCAUUUCACUGUAAGGUCUACUGGUCUACAUGUUGUAUUCAGCAUUUCACUGUAAGGUUUACACCUGUUGUAUUUGGCGCAUGUGAAAAUUUAACAUUUGAUUUGACACAGGAGAGAGACACACCUCACACUUGUUGCAGCUACAUUCAAUAACCAGUUGUUAUUGCUCCUUUUACCAAGAAACAUUCAAUAUUCUGCGGUGACAAAAUGAAUCGAGAGGAGGGAGUGUUGAUGGAUGAAAUCGAAAAGAGUUUAUGGAAUUUGACUGAGGACAAUUUACGUUACCUGUGUGAACAUCAUGGACAUGAUGGAUCCGAAGUUAAAGGAAUGGAUCACCGCUCGUUGCGGCGUAAAAUCAUGGAGGAAAUGUGGGACAAUACGGAUUCAAUUAAAUCGGUGGAGCAGGGAACGUCUUGGUUACUUCAACUGAAAGAGGACAUCAGGAGGAUACUGGAGGAUGCUAGCAGUGCACCCUCGAGUCCCCUCCAGGCUGAGGAUGCUAGCAGUGCACCCUCGAGUCCCCACCAGGCUGAGGAUGCUGUAGACUGUGAUGAAGAGUGGAGCGGAGAUGGAGGGGCUGGGUUACCUAGCGACGGGUUGGAGGCGGAGUCCAUGAGUCCCAGACAAUCCAACAACGCUGCAGACUGCGACGUAGAGGACAAGGAUUGGUUACCUAGCAACAGACUGGAGGCGGAGUUUACUCCAGAAAGGCACACACUAGAGCAAAGAGUGAGAGGCGUGAGUAUUUAUUAUCCCAGUCGGAAAGGGAGUAUUUAUUGUCCCAGUAGGAAAGGGAGUAUUUAUUAUCCCAGUAGGAAAGGGAGUAUUUAUUAUCCCAGUCAGAAAGGGAGUAUUUAUUAUCCCAGUAGGAAAGGGAGUAUUUAUUAUCCCAGUCGGAAAGGGAGUAUUUAUUAUCCCAGUCGGAAAGGGAGUAUUUAUUGUCCCAGUCGAAAAGGGAGUAUUUAUUAUCCCAGUAAGAAAGGGAGUAUUUAUUACCCCAGUAGGAAAGGGAGUAUUUAUUGUCCCAGUCAGAAAGGUAGUAUUUAUUAUCCCAGUAGGAAAGGGAGUAUUUAUUAUCCCAGUCGGAAAGGGAGUAUUUAUUAUCCCAGUCGGAAAGGGAGUAUUUAUU